UGUUUAAUCUUUACUGUUUAGGACUUGGUAGAGCCUCCCCCCCUUCUUCUUCUUCUUCUUCUCCCGUCUUCUUGGUCGUUGUUCCCGUCAGUAGGGUGUGAAACGCAAGAACCGCCAACAUGUCUGACGGAAAGAAAAUGACGUCUAGCCGCAGGCAUCAUCUGAAGAGUUUGAUGCUGCAGAUCGCUGCCAGCUGGAUCGAGCAGGAGAAGAAGGACAUUGUGGCUGCCAAGGAGACCUACAUGGCGGAGACCUGCCCAAGUCCAGAAGUCAACGGAGACCAGGCGGCCCUCAUGGAAAUCUGCAAGAAGAUCCACGCUGCCCUCGACAAGAUUGACGAUGAGAGGUACGACGUCGAGGCCAAAGUGCAGAAGGCCGACAAAGAGAUCGAGGACCUGAAGAUGAAGGUGGUGGAGCUGGCGGGAGUGAAGAAACCCGCCCUGAAGAAAGUGCGUAUGUCCGCUGACGCCAUGCUGCAGGCUCUGCUGGGAGGAAAACACAAAGUGACCAUGGACCUGAGGGCCAACCUGAAGCAGGUCAAGAAGGAGGUCAAAGAGGAGGUGGCAGACGCAGGCGACUGGCGUAAGAACAUCGAGGAUAAGGCCGACAGGAAGAAGAUGUUUGAGACUUCCUAAACGCUUCCUGCAGCAGCGAGGACGACAGCGAGUGGGGGGGGGGUUGAGGAGACGACACGGUCUGAGGUCUGAGUGACUGAAAGGGUUUCUGAGUGCCAGCAGGACUCACAGGGACGACAGUUUAGACACUUUUCUUUUGUUGUGCCUUUUUUUUUUUUUUGGCUGGUUUGUGACACCGCCGUCGCCGUAGGAGACAGAACUGAAGCAAACGUAAGGUCAUCAUGUACGCAAAUCAAACGUCUCUUAAAGAUAAACGCCAUCACUUCACCAUGUACAGCUUUUCAUGGACUCAGUAGAAAUAAAUGUUUUGGAAUAACGAAUUAUUUGUUUGGUACAUUUAUAUUUGAAAGUUCAUCACAGAGUCAGAUACGGAGAGAGAGGAGUACGGCAGCCCGAAAGGGACAUGCAGCCAUGCAUUUGGUUUUACUCUCUUGUGGGGCUGCACGGUGGUCGUUAGCACUGUCCCCUCACAGCGAGGAGGUUCCUGGUUUGAAUCCCUGUCUGGCAGGAGCCUCUCUGUGUGGAGUCUGCAUGUUCUCCCCGUGCAUGUGUGGGUUCUCUCCGGGUACUCCGGCUUCUUCCCACAGUCCAAAGACAUGCUCGUUAGGUUAACUGGUGACUCUAAAUUGUCCGUAGGUGUGAAUGUGAGUGUGGCUGGUUGUCUGUCUCUGUGAUUGAUUGGUGACCAGAACAGGGUGUAACCCCGCCUCUCACCCAAUGACAGUUGGGAUCAGCUCCAGCUCCCUGCGACCCUGAACUGGACAGAGCGGUAUAGAUGAUGGAUGGAUGUUUUCUUGUGAUGAUGUAUCAUGUCUGGUUCUUUACUCAUGAUCUCUAACUUAUGUAUCUCAUUAUCUCAGGUUUUUCCCUUUAACUCAUAACUCGUUAAUUUCUCGAGGAAACUACUGAAAUCAGCUCAUUCUGACAGGGAAAAGCAGCGCUGUUGUUUCAAGAAACCGACAUAAAUAAGUCAAGAUUUGAAGAAGAAAAGAACCGUUAUUGACUCUUCAUCAUGUGAGAACUGAUGUCCUCUCAGGGCUUCUGUAGAUCUCAGAUAACUUCAUAAAUACUGAAAGAAAUGAUGGAUAUUUACGUCUUACAAAAACGUCUCAACUGUGAUCAAUUACAUCAGCACGCUCUGCUCCGUUUCAAAUACGCUACAGGCUGCAGGCACGCGUCAAUCUCGAGAGAAUAUUACGACCCGGACAGGAAGUCAGAUGAGUAAACGUACAGGUCAAUUUCAAAAUAAAACACCGGAUCGUAUUUUCCAUCACUUUAUCAACAUUACAUCAGAACAGGCACCGAGUGAACAACAAAUCAUCCUCAGAAUGACAAAGCAAUAUGUUGUUAGCAUGUUUUUCUCUUCAUUCCCGCGUGAUCUUGUAGUUCUCCUGUGAUCUUGUAGUCCUCCUGUGAUGUGUGUACAGCUGAUCACGACUGCGCUUACGCUCCAGAAACAAACUUAGACUACAUAUAGAAAGAGGAGGGUCCACAGAGAGGGACUUUAUGAAGCUGUCCAUCACUCUCUUGUUUUUUUGUUUUAUGGUUUUCACAGUAUCUUGAUGUUUGGUCGAAUCAGAAGCUAAAAACACAGACUGUAUAAAACAUGGACGUAGUCUCAGGGUGCACUCACACCCACGGCCCAGUUGUCCUGUACCGUGCUGAAGCCUGAUUGUCUCUCCCCCCCUCUCUUUAUGCUCACUUAGAGGUAAACUACAAACGUGUGAUUUAUGUUCUUCUUCUGUCUUUCGGCUUUAUUUUCCUCAAAGGAACAAAGUGAAGCCAUCGAAGAAAACAAACUUACAUUUAAAUGGAGAUUCUCUAACAAGAUGGCUCUUAUUUCUAACGUUAUGAUAGAUGCAAACUUGUAAAAACUUAAAUCUUAGCACGUGAGCUUCUCUCAUUUCCUGUUAAAAAUAUCUCACCACACUAAUUAAGAACCAUGUUUCUACUUCUUUUCCUUCUUAUCAGACUUCUCACUCAACAUGUUAACGUCUCUCGUUCCUUCUGCAGAUGUUUUUCUUGUUGUUUAUGACAGGACAUGUCGGCCUCAUUUCUCAUUUGAAUAUCUUAAAUGUAAAAUGUUCGUUUGGACUUGUCAAAGAAACACGACUCAUAAAAGGUGUAAUGAGAUAUUUCUGACUCAGAGUUAGACGAAUACGGUUGUUAAGAUUUGAGUUUUUCCAAGUUGCAGACAUACAAAAAAAACCUCCUCAUUCAGAAAAACUCGACUUCAUCCAAACUUUUUUAAAUGUGUUCAAUGUCUCGUUAUGACGGUGACUCAUCAAAAUGUUUCUAUAGGAUGAGUUUAAAGUUUUCCUUUUGGUUAAAGUUAAUGAAUUUACAUCAUUGAACAACUUUAAACAACAUUUCACAAAGAGGAGAGCUGCUGCAAAGACGUAGUCAAAGAUCUUUAAAGAACCCUGAAGGUUUCAGAGCGUCGAGUUUGGUGCUUUUAUAUUUGAUGCACAAACACACACACACACACACACACACACACACACACACACACACACACACACACACACACACACACACACACACACACACACACACACACACACACACACACACACACACACACACACACACGUCUUCAGAGGAGUCGAGGCUGUCCUCAGGGAGGGCGGUUCGCAGAGCAGGGCUCGGGUGUAUUUCAGGAGCUCGCAGGCCCAUUGGUCUGCGGGGGAAUCCAUUUCCAUAAAGAGGAUCUGAGCGUUUUGCUGAGACAUCGAAACCCGCCAUAUAUACCGUAUUUCAUUUUUCACAGUCUGUGGCUUUGGCAGUGUCUCCUUUUCUUCCACAGAGUGUGUCUUGUCUUCUUCCUCCUCUCGAUAGGUUGUGAACCGCAAAAACCCCAAAGAUGUCUGA